UACGCCUGCGCAGAAAUCCGAAGACAAGCCGUUUAGUGAGAGGCGUUACUGGUGGAUAAAUUGAUUUUGCGAAAUCUUAAGAGUGUGUGUAGUCAGAUCAUCAGACUUUAUCCACCAUGCUGGCUCUGUCCAGAUGUUCCACAGCUUUGAGCUGGAGGCUUGCCCUCCGCUGCUCUGCCCUCUCCGUGAGGGGCUCUAACCCAGGCAGCCAGCCCUCCACCACAGCCAGGCCUCAGUUUCUAAGGACCCAGGCUGCCCCGUUUCACCAAAGUAAAGCCAAAGCCAGUCCAGACCCAAACAAGAUCCUUUCAGUUUUGUCCUCUGCUUCUGGGCUGGAGGGCGAGCUCUUUGGAAUGGGGAUGUGGGCUGUGGGUCUGGGUGCCGUCGGAGCUGCCCUAACCGGGAUCUUCCUGGCCAACACGGAUCUGUGUCUUACUAAAGCUGCCAAUGCAACGCUGCAAUACCUUCAAGAUGCUGAUCUGCACUCCACCACAGGUGAUGACAAGGUCAUCAAAGCAAAGAGCCUGUGGGAGACGAAUGGGGCUGUGGUCAUGGCUGUAAGAAGACCUGGAUGAUUUUUGUGCAGAGAGGAGGCCUCUGCGCUGUCCUCUCUGAAGCCCCAGCUGGAAGAGCUUGGGGUCCCUCUGGUUGCUGUUGUGAAAGAGGACAUCGGCACAGAGAUCCGGGACUUCAGACCGCACUUCGCUGGGGACAUCUAUAUAGAUGAACAGAAACGUUUUUAUGGCCCGGUGCAGAGAAGGAUGGGAGGCCUGGGGUUCAUUCGCCUGGGAGUGUGGCAGAACUUCAUGCGAGCCUGGAGGUCUGGGUACCAGGGCAACAUGAAUGGAGAGGGCUUCGUUCUCGGAGGGGUGUUUGUCAUCGGACCAGCAGACCAGGGCAUCCUCCUGGAACACCGCGAGAAGGAGUUUGGCGAUAAGGUGGACACGGCCGAUGUUCUAGAGGCCGUUAAAAAAAUUGUACCAGUGAAAUAAUUUUUGUAGCACCAGGGAACACAAAAAGCAGGUACGCUUUUAUUAGAUCAAAACUAGAUUAGCAAAAUGAAUAUUAUUAACCUCAUGCAGAGUUUCAAAAUCUACUGAAAUAAUAAUGAUAUUAAUGUUCUGGUAAUUAUGAAGUCUGUGUUGUUUAAUAUCAUGAGAUGCCGCUGACGUUUGCACAUGUAAUUUGCUGUUGGUUAUGAAAAUCUAGCUGUGAAAUGCACCUAUAAGCUAGAUUCUUGACACGGGUAUGAAAAUGUUGGGGAAUUAAAGGCAAUAUUUCCUUUUAGGUAUGUCAGCCAUUUAUUUAAGGUCACUUGAAAAUCAGAUGCUUUAAUCUAAUGCCUGAAUUUUACAUCUGAAUAUAAUUGUGAAACAUUUGAAAUGUUGACUCUGUGUAAAAGCUUAAUUUGCUUCUACUGGUCAAGCUCUCAAACACUCCUUUGACAUAACAAGAGCGUGCGGUCUGUGUGUGAUAAUGACAACUUCACUCUAAACUCUUGGUUGAGGGGAGCAAGUUUGAUGCCUAAACACACACACACACGCUGCUGCUGUCGUCAUGUUGAGGACUGUUUGUGGUGCCUGAUGCAGGUAUUGCUUGUUUUUGUAUGACUGUGUGUAUGAGAGAGAAUUUUAUGCAUCUGCAUCAGCUGCAGAACAGUGAAUAAAGAAGACCUCAUCCAA